AUUUCACACGGGGCGGGAAGAGCCGGGCUGAUGGCGAGUGGGAGUGUGUACGCGUCGCUGGCGGGCUUUCUGGGAGCGGCGGCGUCCUGCUCGGCUAAGCUGUCUCUCGGCGCCGGUUACCUGAGAGCGCUGUGUGAGAGCGGAGUGCGGUGGGCCGUCGAGCGGAGGAGCUUCACCCCCGAGGAGCUCCACACCUCGGCCUGUGAAUGGCUACACAUUCCUCUGAGACUGCUCUGUGGACUCCUGCUCUUUGUCUGCAACGCCGUAAUGUGGACUUUCUUUGCCAAAGCUCUCCGACACUUCUCUUCCUCUGCCCGGGCUACUGUGACCACUACUGCUUCUAAUUUCAUCUCUUCUGCGUUCCUUGGACACGUAAUCUUUGGGGAAAGCCAUGCCUUGUUGUGGUGGGUUGGCAUCUUCUUAACCUUACUGGGACUUUUUAUAUUGCAUGGAUCAUCUCCACAGGACCAACAGUUGGAUGUUAAAAAGGAUGAAUGAGCUAUCAGUUGUGUCAGCUACGGAGAACCAAAAAUGGAUACAAAACCAUGGGAGACAUAGAAUAGAUUUAGAUGUUUCCAUUUAGUUGGAAUGUUAAACCUCAGUUUGCUCAUCUGCAGAUGUUCUAAUCUAACAUAUAUAAUAAAGUCUAUCAUUGGAAACAUCCAGGAGCAAGGACAUGGGACUUGGAGCCCCCAUGGAUUAGUGUUAUAGAUAUUUGCACUUAUGUAGAAGGCUGGGAAUGUGGAAGAGGCAUGGACACUAUCUUAUUGAAAUGGAGUAUUAAAAAAAUGUUGAGUAGAACAUUCUAUACUCAUCCUCUAUAAUAAAGUAUACUUUUAUACUUGUA